AUGCCCGAUGUUGACCGAAUCAAUAGGACUUCCUCCGAGGAUGGCGGCGAUCAGAUUGGCUAUGACGCCCCUCAGUCCGGUGCAGCCACCCCGCAACCCGAUCUUCGGGACAAACGUCUGCCGGGAAUCAUGAGCUACUUCAGCCAGGUUCGUCGAGAUGCUCCUACUCCCCACGCUGCCGAGACCACCUCUCCUUCAUAUUUUGCCCUCAAAACUCCUCCCGCCGCCUAUGCCGAGCCUUUCAACUGGCCCACCCGAAGGCACAUGGCCUCUCGCUCGGCCGAUCUGCAAGCCACCGCUGCUCCCCCCACCACCACAAUCACAAAUGCUAUACCCACAAUGAUGAGGGCGGCGCCGUCCAGUCGACCCUCCAGUCGACCGCCCAGCCGACCGCUUAGUCGAGCGCCCAGUGGCGCGAAUCUGAACCUGAACCUGAACCUGAACCUGGCCAUGACCUCCGGUCCUGCCGAGGAGGGUUCCUCAGAUCAUCUCCAGGCAGGCCAGACGUCCUCAUCAGGGAGAGACCCCGGCCUCGUCCGCCAUUCAUAUUUCCUCACUCCUCCCACUUCCCUACCCUCAUCAUCCGUCAGCUCUCCCGUGCAAGAGCGCAGGAAUCCCUUCUGGUCCGUCGGUCCUGCCGGCGCAGCCCUGAGGGAUACUGACAUCAUGCCCCCACCUCCUGUUUCUUCUUGCUCGACUCCUGGUCUCGAGAAGUCGUCUCGGGAGGACCCCAUCAUCACCACCACCCCUCCUGAUGCACACGAUGGCGGGGACGACGGUAGGCUUGCUGGUUGGAACCCCUGGCAGGGCUCCAAGAGCAAGAGCAUGCCCAAUAGUACCCGAAACUCCACCUCUGCGUUUCGUCCCCAGACUCCACAACCCGGCAAGACCGAGGCAUCUGGUAGAUGGUAUACGCUUGAAGGACUCAGGGAGCUAACUCGUGGCUUAAUCAAGAGCGGCCCCCCUACCCCGACAAGAGCCCUUUCGACCGCCCAGCCCUCCCCCCAUGCAGAGAAUCAUGACCUACUCGGAGCCGGCAAAGGUCAAGGUCGCAGUGGCAGCAGGAGCGUCAGCAACGACGAUGGCGCCGAGCCGAGUGGCACCCAGACCCCCCGCGGCGGCGUCAUCGGCACCGGUCCAACAGCAGCAACGUCGUCGGCCUCGACAGGUGCCCAGGCCCCCGCACCCAAGGGGAAGCUCACCAUCAAGAUACCCGAGGCCCGGGGUCUGAGGAAGAGCCGCGACCCCUAUCUCAUCGUAGUCUUCCAGCGCAGCGAGCUCAUAUCUGCCAGCCCCCGAUCCAUGGACGGCGGCGAGACCCUCAGCCCCGCCCCUCCCACGCUCGGCGGCGGCGUCCCCAUACAGCGCCAGGGAAGCGACAACGGCCCGCCUCCAAUGUCCAUACCCAUGCGCAGCCGCCAGAGCAGCAACACGAGCGUCACCGACCACAGCAACGUCCGCAGGCCGUCGCGCGUCUCCUUCACGAACCCGAAAUGGGAUGCCGAAGCUGUCUUGUGA